CUGGCUUUGGGAAAUUCCCCUCAAGGAACUCGCAUGCGCAGUAAAAGGCCACCACGUGUAUUUCUUCUUUCUCUUUGCCCACAGGAAGAAACAAGAUGUCGGCAGAGCUUCAGUGGGAGCUGAUCAAAAACAAUUCUUGCUUUCUCCUCAGAAGGAAGGGCCCCCGAGGCUCUGGCAUCACAUUCACAAGGGAGCCUAACAACUUGGUCAACAAGAACUCGUUCAAGUUCAAUGGCCUUGUCAACAGGAAGAUGGUCGAUGUCUCUAGCACUGCUGACAACAAGGGUGUGGUCUUCAGCACUAAGAGAUCUAAAGUGACUACUAAGCCAGCCAAGAUGUACGUGAAGGCUACUCUCUCCAAGGACAGGAGACGAGCGUACAAGAGCAUCAAGAAGGACCUCGAGGGCACUUGCUACAGAUCUGACCUAGCCGAAUUUGCUGUCAAGAGAGCUAGUGCUAUUCUGAAUAGUCAAAGACCAGUGAAGCGACUCAAGGGGGGAGGGAUUUCCAAGGCAAAGAUUGUAAAAGUUGAAGAAAUGGUUGACUUUCGUGAUAUGCUGCCCAAGCAGGGGCUAGACGCCAUGGCUAUGAGCUUCACCUUCUUCAUGAUACCAGUCACGUACAUCUAUGGAGUGUUCUAUGUCUGCCCCACUCUGUACCCCAUAACCGAUGUCAGCGAAGAAGUGGCCGAUCAAAAUCGAUUCCCAUACUAUUUUCAUUCGUUUUUCUGCACGUUUCUGUUCUUUCAGACGUACUUCAGUCUAAUCAUGACGGUUAGCACAGAUACCUCGUGUCGACGUAUUGCCCUCCCCGUGGUCUCGCAGCCCGGCUGGUACUUCUGUCCCCACUGUCAAUACUACGCCCCCCCACGUGCCCAUCAUUGUCCCACCUGUAAGAGAUGUGUACUCAGGCGUGACCACCAUUGCUACUUUGUCGGAAAAUGCAUCGGAUACUACAACCAUCGAUAUUUCAUUUCGUUUCUCGUUUACGUCGUCUUCACGGGUCUUUAUGGACUUAUUUUCAGCUGCAUUGCUCUCCUGAGAUUGAUGGGUGGUUUUAGUCUCUCUAUAUUGCCUGGACUUGUCUUUCCGAUGCUGGCUUGGAUGUUUCAGAUCAUGCCCGUCAACCCCAUGGUCAUGUUCGAGACGUCUAUUAUUGGAUUUGUAACCAUGGGAGCUGGUUUAUUGCUAGGGAUACAACUCUACGAGAUGUUCUAUGGACAAACUUUUUACGAGUUACAGAAGAGCGAUCAUUUGUACGGUCGUGCUCUGCACAGGAAUGUUGCUGAUGUUUUGGGGAAGAACUGGUUGUUUGGUUUGCUGUUUCCGUGCCUACCCUCGUCUCGUAUUGGUGAUGGAUCUCACUACAUGCCGAAGAACCUGGCCGGACAAGGGAGUGUGGCGACCAAUGAGAAUGCUGGAGGAGGAACUAGGAAGAUUGUUCAGAGCACUUAAAUGUAACUUAUCUUAUCUUAUUAUUAAUAGUACAUUUUGUAUGUAAAAUAAUGUGCUAUACCUGUAUAUAUAAUUAUAUUCAGCGUUUUGUGUGCUCCAUAAUAAUUAGCUAGCUACAUGCAUGUAUAUAAUAAUUAUAUUAUUGUGUGGAAAUAAGAGUGAUUGUUAUGAUUUGAAAACUUA